UUCCUAUGGCGUCUGUGUCAGCAUGCCCACACCAGGCCACAACAAUGGCCGCUGCCAAUGUCCCAGUCCCUUGAGAGGUCUCACCCCUCACAGAGAUGCACUCAGGGCCUAUUAGAUGCCAAAAGAGAGGAAGAGAGAGAGAGCAUGUAGAAACAACAUUUCUCAUGAGGUCUGUGUAUAUAUAAGUGGAGUUGGAAUAUAACUGCAUCAGCUACUACCAAGUGUUCACAACAGGAAACCUCAUCAUUUGAGACCAGCCUUUCACGUUUAUAACUUGGAAGCCUGAAAAAUGAAGCCUAAAGUGAAGUAUUCAACCACCAAAAUUUCCCCAGCAAAGAUAAGCAGCUCAUCAGGCAAAGCCUUGGUAAAAUCUCCCAAGUUAAGAAAAUCCCAAGAGAAGGCUGCAGAAGUUUGCCAGACAUACUUUAUGCAGCUACGCUCGGGCCUUCUGAUAGAAAAGAAGGCCUGUGACUAUAGGAAAGGAGCCACUGGAAGGUUUUCACCAAGAACAGAUAGAAAGGAACAUCUGGUAUUCGCUGCCUGUCAGGAAAACCUUGAACGGUCUGUGGAGGGCUUCGCCUUUGAUAAACCUCUGGGCCGGAGAUAUUUUAAAACAGAACAGUCUGCUUUCCUGACUACAUACAACGAUCAAUCCAUUUCUUUUGUUUUUGAGGAUGGAAGUUAUGAGAUCUAUGUUGAAGAUCUGAGAAAAAACCAAGAGAAAGACCAAGUACUAUUCCGUUACUAUGACCCUGGAUCCCCCUCAAGUCAAACAGAUGAUAGUGUUGAUGGUCAGAAGUUAAUGGUAAACCUGCGUCCUACAAAAUGCAAAGACUUCUCGCUGCAUGCCAACAACAAGGAGUACUCCGUGGAGCUACAAAAAUGUGCAAACCCAUUGCCAGACCAGGCCUUCUUUCUCCUGCAUGAGGAGUCCUCCAAAUGUGUUUCAUUUGAAUGUAAGAACGAUCCUGGAGUGUUUAUAGGAGUAAAGGACAACCACCUUGCUCUAAUUAAAGUAGAGGACGAAACUGAGGGUUCAAGUAGAGAGAAUAUCAUAUUUAAGCUCUCUUAAACUUAAUGUGAUGGGAAGCUGUGGAUCUUGGGUUGUGUAGCCCAAAUAGCUACCAUUGGAGAAGGGAUGAGAGAUAAAGAAAGAGGCAGAUAACAUUGAGGGUAAUGGAGCCUGCUUAGCAUGCUGUGGAAUGUUUUCCUUGUUAUGUGUAAAAAUAUUUUUUUGUAAUCUUUCCGUUCUGUUUUUUAUUUCCCUCUGUAUCACCGCAUAUUCAAUACAAGUAUUGGUAUAUUAAAGAGUAUUGGUAAAGAGAUCUGCCAAUAUUCUGAAGAGAUGCAGCCUGAUCUUUGCUUUUUUCCACUUUCAGUCCAGAAAGAACUUCAUAUUUAGAGCUGAGACCUGUGGGAAGAAGCAAGGGCCUUAGCCCAAGUCUCACUCUAGACAGGGAUCCAUUUUAAAGUGCUACAUAGGGACACAGUUUUCCCUGGUUCCAAACAAUAGACUCAAACACUACAGCUGCUGGUAAAAAGACACCCAGGUGGUACAUAGGUUGCCCAUUUCACAAGUGGACUAAACACCAAGUUUGUUUGUAGAUGCCCGAAACUUCAGAUGCCUAUAUGGCUAGGCAGGUGAUAUAAAUACGCGAAAAGGCAAAAACUAUCAAAACACUAUGAAAAAUAAAUCCAGUAUUUAUAAAGUGAAUAAUUUCACCUCUAAUUGUUUCAUUUUUAAAAUUCUGAUUUUUAUCGACUGAGUUAAAUUGAAGCGAGGCAUUCUUACAUUAGGAAGUGAAAUAAAUUUUAGUAAAGACAUAUAACUGAAAUCAUUAAUAAUAUCUAACAAACUAAUUGUAAAAAGCACUGAGCCACAACAUACAUUAGUUAGGGCAACCAAGUACCAUAGAAUCCCAGUCCCACGGUGGAGCCAGAAGUCCUCUAACCUGCUAGAGCCUAGAUGGGACACAGGAUUAACAUGUCAAUAACUGGCUGUCCCUCGUGUUUGUAGCAUAUCCCUCAUGUUCUUCUGACCCUGGCUUCCAGGGAUCUAUGACUUGAUAU